AUGUGCAGCAGCUGCGAGGCUGAGACGCCGCCGAAGGAGGUUGAACUGCUUAAAGCAGGGGAAGCACCCGCGCUCACGCCUCAGGAAGAAGGCGGAAGUUACCCCAUUGUUCCAAAUGAACUGGCAUUCUACGGUCAUUCUCUUGCUGACGUGAACGGUGUGCUGGUUGCCCUUGCCGUGGGCGUGUACGGAAAAGUGCUGGGCACUGCGGUGGAUGCCGACAUCUGGGCAAUGUGCCGCCCGUACGGAGAGGAUGGCGCCUUGGGCCAAGACGCUGCGUGGGAGAAACGAGGCUGGACGCCGCAGGUGGUGGCCAAACAAUUGGGAAAAAAGAUCUACGGCGGCCCGCUGUCCGGACCCAAGGCCGUGGUGAGGGGCAAACAACUAUUUCUUCUGGUGUCAAACUUCACCCUGCGCGACCCGCCUUCACCGGGAGUCUUUGGCUGGGAAGCCGCUGACUGGGACCUUGCGCUCUUUGUUGGUGGCGUGGAGGAGCCGACGGCAGUUGGAGGAGGGAAGCAAGUCUCGUGGGCGACGCCCGUGUCGCUGAAAACCAAGCUUGCCACAGAGAUGCAGCGGCAUUCGUGGAAGGAGCUGUACGCCUUCGGUGGGGCCAGAGGCGUUGCGGUUGGGGAAAAGAAGAUUCUCUUCCCUCUUAUGGGAACCAGCGUGGGCGCAGAAGAACGCAGAUUUGCCUGCACCGUCAUGUACUCCGAGGACAAUGGGGGACAGCUGGAAGCUUCCUGCGGCGCCUGUGGCUGCUGA